AUGGCGACCUUCAGGAACUGGCCGCUUCUGGUCAUUCUGGUAUUCCAACUUUUCUGCACCAACAUGUUCGCUUGCGCACUUCUCACUACCACAACGGCAACCACCCACAGCACUACAUCUGAUGUCAAGUUCUCAAAGUCCAGCGUCAUUGACUCUGACUGGCACCCGGUUCCUCAUGAGUUCGGAGUCUAUUUCCAUGAUGGCCACACACUGGAAAAGCACUGGAAGCACAUUGGCAGAGAGCUGCCAAUAUUCCGCUAUCCCACGGUUCUUACCGGCUACAAGAUCAAGUUCGGCAGUGCAGACACAAGAAACCCCAUCUCGUCCGAGACAGAGAUUCUCGCCCUGAUUCGCAGUGAUCCCGGCGUUGAGCUAGUUGCGCAGAAUUUCUGGCAGCAGCUCGACCUUGGUGAUGGGACCCCUCUUCCUUACCAACCUAGCCGUAUUCCCCUGUUAUUCAGUUGCAAGCCUGGAUACCGGGAGCUGAAAUGCCUGGAAAACGCUUCGCCGUAUGAUGUCAGGCCAGAGCCAUCAUGCAGAGUAUACUGA